UAUUCUGUAGGAGUCCACAUAGUGGACUGUCCAUUUCGGCCGCUGCUGAUUGGCUGGGGCUGCUUGACUCCUCCUCGCCCGUACAGCUGCAUCUAAUCAGCAGCGGCCGAAAUGGACAGUCCACUAGGUGGACUCUCAGAGAAUACCACCCCUGCACUAUACUCGUCUGCUAGAGCCUGCGUGAGGUGUAGGUAACAAAAGAAAUAACCCUAUCAGCUCAUCGAUAACCGGCACCGGAAGCUGAGUUGGACAUGCGCACAUGCGCAGCCAAGUAAAGGAGGCAUUGGCGCAGCCGACACGCAGGUGAUGGUGUUCUGUGGCUCCCGCAACCGAAUCCAAUCCAACACGAGCACUACUUUCGAGCCUGUGCACAUGGCUGUGCACGAGUACGUCGCUGCGUUUAUUUUCUGAUUCCUUGUUUGCUGCUGUCACGUUCAUUUUACGACGAGCUACAGCGUCCGAGACUGUCAGAUGUGUCACGCAACAUGGUGUCGCGCCUGCGCCUCAUCACUUUCGAUGCAACGAACACGCUAUUGCGCUACAAAGAGUCAGUCGGACAAACUUAUUCUGGGGUUGCUCAACUCUACGGGGUGCCAGCGGAUCCACAUCACGUAAAUCACAAGUUCAGGAUUGAGUUUAAACGCAUGGUGGCUCAGCAUCCCAAUUUUGGUUGUGACAGUGGCAUGACAUCGCAGCAAUGGUGGGCUGAGCUCGUUAGCCGAACGCUCUCCGGUUCAGGCACCAUCAGCGAGUCUGUCAUGACUUCCAUUGCAAGACACCUUUACGAAUCGUACAGUACGCCUGAAUGCUGGGCACCAAACAUAGGCACGGUUGCAACUCUUCAGCGCCUCAGACAGUCGGGUCGCAAACUUGGCGUCAUCUCGAACACCGACGAGCGACUGGACAGCAUUCUGACCGGUCUUCGAUUGCGGCAAUACUUUGAUUUUGUUAUUGCAUCGGCUGUGGUUAAAGUCCAAAAGCCUUCUAAGGACAUUUUCUCAUUGGCUCUAAUUUGCGCUAGCAGCGAUGAGCGCUUAAAACCCGUUGACGCGCUGCACGUAGGUGAUAACGUCGAACUUGACUACCUGGCUGCAAAAAGUGCUGGGUGGAACGCCCUAUUGCUUGUCAACGAUGAAUCGCAUAAACACCGAGCAUUGUCAAAGGGCAGUGUAGAACCCGGUGACGUCAUCCAACAGCUGGCAGAUAUCUUCAAAGUUUUCGAGUCGCAGGAGUCACGCUGUGCCACGUAAGCCACUUUUUCCGACCCGGAAACACGCCAUCACAGAACAUGCGACCCUGAAGUGUGACGUGGAGGACUAGAGACACCGGUCAGUGUGUGACAGUGCACAACGCCUUCCGGACAGAGAUGUCAUUUUGUAAUCUAUUUGGAUCUGAGUAUCGCAUAGUGUUGACCUGCCAGCAUAAAAUCAAAUCUACAGAUACGAGUUUCCUUUGUGCUGGUUUUCUGCGUAUGCUGGCAUACACGGAAAGUAGAUUGAGAAAUGUACUAUGUUUCUGAAAUAUAUUUUUUAGCCCAUUGUUCUAAA